ACAGAGUACAAAAAUCUGUCUCUCAUAACUCAGGAGACAUUAAACUUCUCGCUGCUCGCUCUUCUUCAAAACCACUAAGUCUGUGUCAGCGUGUUGGGAAUGUGUUGCUGACUGACAUGCAGUCAGAAAGUUGUUCAGCGGGAAGUUUGCAGAAAACUUCAUCCUAACUUGCUCGUCCUCGUUCCUGCACGUUGGGAGGAGUUUUGUGGUUACACAGCUGGCAAACAUCUGCAAACACACGUGAACAGGGAGAAGAUGGUCUGCAGCAUCCUGCUGCUCAUCAUCCUGACCUCCUGUGUCUCAGGAACAUUUGUAGUGAAUGUGACCCAGACCUCCUAUCAGGCAGAGGAGAACCAGGACAUCACACUGGAGUGGACCUUCACCACCAACCCUCACAGCUCCUCCACCUCUCUUUAUAUUUUCUGUGAACUGUUAACUGUCCUCAGACCCUCAGUCCUGUUUCAUCUCUAUGAAGGAAUUGAGGUCCCAGAGUCUCAGGAUGAACAGUUUGCAGGACGAGUCCAGUGGGACAAAGACGUCCUCAGAGAAGGACGACUCAGACUUAAUGUUUCCAGACUCAGGACUGAAGACUCAGGACUGUACAAGUGUCAAGUGGCCACAGAUUACGGGAGGAGCUCUGGUAGAUGUUUCCUCAAUGUCUCUGCAGCGAGGGAUCGGCCUGAACCUGAGACACCGAACACAACAAGUCCAUCAAACACAACAAGUCCACAACCAGAGAGUCGGAGCAGGAUUGGACUCUACUGGGGACUGGGACUGGGACUGACAGCUCUGCUGGUUUUCUUUGCUCUCUUAUUCUUCUGUUAUUUUAACAAAUCUACCGAUAAUAAAAUAAAUCACCAACAUUUUUCGCCCGUACAGAUGUCGAGUUUAUCAGAGAAACGAGCUGACUAAUGCUAAAUACAAAUGCUAAUGCUAAAUGCAGCAUGUAUACAUCUUGAUGUUCAUUAACGCGCCCUGCCCCUAUCAAAUAUUUAAGUAAUUACAGCAGAAAUAACUAAUAUCAGUGUAAAUAACAGUGUCUGGCAGCUUUUAAAGAAACAAGGAAAAAACUUGUUGACGUUAUUUAGACAAAUGUGAUAAAGGACCACUGAUUGUUUUAAUUGAGAUAGCGUGUCAUGCAAAAGACUGAUUUUCUUUCUUUUUCAGCGUCAAUGUAAAAUAUUUUAUUUAGAGAAGUCCAAAUAUUUCAGAAAAAAGAAUCUCCUCUAUUUGUGUAUUAACUUGCAUCAAUAUGUUAUGCCUUACAUAAGGUUAAUGAAUGGCGUCAUAGCAGGAAGGAGUACUUAGUUACUAUGUCUACUGUGCUGUUUUAAAGUUUUAAAUGCUAUUUGUUAUUAUUGUUAUAACUGUUAUUGUUGACUGGUGCUGAGAGUUCAAAAAGGCAUAUUGCAUUUCAUUGCUGUGUUACUCUGUACUAGGGUGCAUAUGACAAUAGACUUGAAUUGAAAUAAAACAUUAGUACGUUACUUGUAAUGUUCCCUCUUGUCUUACUACUACUGAUGUAAAUUAGUAUUAAUAACUAACUCUGAUAUGUUACAUCUUGAUGUCAAUAAUCUAAAUGAAGUUAUGACAGCAGAAAUGACUAAUGUCUGUACCUAAUGCUUUCACUGUGGAAAUGGUUUUGCAGCUUUUACGGAAUCAAGGAAAUAAACUUGGUGACCUUAUCAAAAUAAAAUAAAUGAAAAUGA